GCCGGGCCGCAGGGGGUCGAGGGGGUGGGGCCUGUUGGCGGCUGGGACCCGGCCCGGGCUGGGGACCAGGACCUGGACUGGGGCGGGCCGAGGCUCCCAGCCCGGACCGGAUGGGUGGGGUGCAGGUUAACACAGAAAUCAGUCUCCUGGGCCAUGCGGGUUUCAAAGCCUGUUUCUUCUGAGCUCCAGCAGAACACAAAUGGACCAGUCCUCACAGUGGAUGACUUCCCUUGCCUGAGCUUGAGAUGGGAUUGUACCUGGAACCUGUCUGUAACUAGCCUCUAAGCUUAAUAAGCCAGCUGAAUGAAGGGAUGUAACAGACACCUGGGAGGGACACUGCCAUCUGCAGAGUGGGGGGGGAAGGGCCUGAACACACCCCUUCCCCCCCAGACUCCACCCUCUCAGGGUCCACUGGGACAUGGACUUUGGACGUGGACAGGAGAGAAGCUGCACUUUGGUAGAUUUGAUUCUCAGUUUUGGAAAUGGAGUGCUGGAUGGGGGUUUGAUCUCCAGGGGAGCAACUGAAGGAAGAAAAGAGAGGUGCAUGGCUGCUUCCUAGUCUCAACCCAGAGGAACCACCCUCCCACUGUGGGAAGUGAGCCAGGCAAGCCAAGGGCAGUCUUGAGCCCGUUCCUUGCCUGCCCUCCCCUGUGGGGGCCAGGAUGCUGAAGAAGCAGUCUGCAGGGCUUGUGCUGUGGGGCGCUAUCCUCUUUGUGGCCUGGAAUGCCCUCCUGCUCCUCUUCUUCUGGACGCGCCCAGCGCCUGACAAGCUGCUCUCGGACAAUGCUGUUGAUGACGACCCUGCCAGCCUCACUCGGGAGGUGAUCCGCCUGGCCGAGGACGCAGAGGUGGAGUUGGAGCGGCAGCGGGCACUGUUGCAGCAGAUCAGGGAGCAUCAUGCUUUAUGGAGCCAGAGGUGGAGGGUACCCACUGUGGCCCCUCCAGCCCGGCCACAUGUGCCUGUGACCCCCUCACCAGCUGUGAUUCCUAUCCUGGUCAUUGCCUGUGAUCGCAGCACUGUCCGCCGCUGCUUGGACAAGCUGUUGCAUUAUCGGCCUUCAGCUGAGCGCUUCCCCAUUAUUGUCAGCCAGGACUGUGGUCACCAGGAGACUGCCCAGGUCAUUGCUUCUUAUGGUAAUGCAGUCACACACAUCCGGCAGCCUGACCUGAGUAACAUUGCCGUGCAGUCUGACCACCGCAAGUUCCAGGGUUACUACAAGAUCGCUAGGCACUACCGUUGGGCACUAGGCCAGAUCUUCAACAAGUUCAAGUUCCCAGCAGCUGUGGUGGUAGAGGAUGAUCUGGAGGUGGCACCAGACUUCUUUGAGUACUUUCAGGCCACCUACCCAUUGCUGAGAGCUGACCCUUCCCUCUGGUGUGUGUCUGCUUGGAAUGACAACGGCAAGGAGCAGAUGGUGGACUCAAGCAAGCCUGAGCUGCUCUAUCGCACAGACUUCUUUCCUGGCCUGGGCUGGCUGCUGUUGGCCGAGCUGUGGGCUGAGUUGGAGCCCAAGUGGCCCAAAGCCUUCUGGGAUGACUGGAUGCGUAGACCUGAGCAGCGGAAGGGGAGAGCCUGUAUACGCCCAGAAAUCUCGAGAACUAUGACCUUUGGCCGCAAGGGUGUGAGCCAUGGGCAGUUCUUUGACCAACAUCUGAAGUUCAUCAAGCUGAACCAGCAGUUUGUGCCCUUCACCCAGUUGGACCUGUCAUACUUGCAGAGGGAGGCCUAUGACCGGGAUUUCCUUGCCCGGGUCUAUGAUGCCCCCCAGCUACAGGUGGAGAAAGUGAGGACCAAUGAUCGGAAGGAGCUGGGGGAGGUGCGGGUACAGUACACAAGCAGAGACAGCUUCAAGGCCUUUGCUAAGGCCCUGGGUGUGAUGGAUGACCUCAAGUCUGGUGUUCCCAGGGCUGGCUACCGGGGCAUUGUCACCUUUCAGUUCCGGGGUCGGCGUGUCCACCUGGCACCCCCACAGACCUGGGAGGGCUAUGAUCCUAGUUGGAAUUAGCAACAUCUGCCUUUCCCUGCUGGGUCCCUUCCUUGGCAUGUCAUGAUCUGAGACAGGCCUGCAGUUCCCGGCUUUACCAUCCUGUCUUGUGUUUCCCUCUUGGGUCUGUGUAUCUUCUUUUUUCUUUUUCUUUCUUUUCCUUUUUUUUUUUCCAGAGUGGCAUUCGAGUGCUUAAAUCAUAAAAUGAGAGUUAUACUCCCGUUGUCAAGGGAGUCAGAUCAGGAGAACUCUUGUGAGGUAUAUUGAGGGAAAUUAAACAAGAAACCACUGUGUGGUAGGGGAGAGUUGUUCUUACUGAGGCCAGAAUUAUAGUGUCCUGAGUUUUCCCCUCAGACAUCUACAGAGAGGUUGGCCACUCCAGCUCUCUUUGCCAGGCCUAUUCUCCCUGACCAGGCUCCUGCCAGUGCAUGAGCGUACCUUCUGUCCCUACCCUCCUUUCUCUGCCUUCCCCUAGUGUGGGACUGGGUUUUGGGGGAAGGAUCAUACUUGUGGCCAAAUGAGACUAACCAAAGGGGUUUCGCUGUUAGGGUUGGAUUGGAGUUGUUGGGUUGCCAGAGUUACUGCCUCCUGGCUUCUCUUGCCUUUCCCUGCAGCCUGCAAUUUGUGGUUGUGAGAUGGAACGUGCAAGAGGAAAAAGCAAGACCUUUAAGCUAGUGCUCAGCUGUUGGGAAAGGUGGUGGAGAAAGCCUGGCUUGGGUACCCGCUCUUCUUGCUCCUGGGCCCCUCCUUUCUGAAAGUCAGUUCCCUCCAUAUUGCGUUAGGAGGGCUCAGUGCUGGCCUGGUAGAGGGCAGUGAGUGCCCAUACCUCUUUCCCCUGGCUUUGUUGUACAGGCUCCUCCUUGAGGACUGGCUCAUGGUGGCAGUCUCAGAAGGAAGUAGCUGAAAGCAGGACAGCUCGGGCCUGCCUCCCCAAGCAUUCCCCCAUCCUUCCAGGCCAGGAUGCAGAUGGCAGGUUGGAGAAGAAUUUGUGUGGUUUUGUUUCUUGCCUGACCUCAGUUUCAUGGAACAAAGUGGAAUCUACAGAAUUAUUUUCAAAAAUAAAGGCUAAAUUGUCUGAAAA